CUCCGCUUUCAACGAUUGCACAUUUCAUUUAAAUUGUUAAUUAAAACGUCCUUUUGUUUAAUAAUUUCGUUCAAAUAGAUAAUAUUGAUGCCAUUUACAUUGGUAUUUGCGAUUACAAUUGGAAUAACUUACAGUAUCCAUGUUAUUUGUCGCACAAACAAAAUGGGGUGUUAGCCGAAUGCCCGAAAUUUGACAUUUGAGAAAAAUUUAAACCAGAUAGUAGUUAUUAUAGGACCAGCCCAUAGAACUCCAGUUGAAUAAUAAGAUGGCGACCGGCCUAGAAGUUUAGUGGAGACCAAAGAACAACGGUUCAUGGCAUAUCAAUGGAGUAGUUACAGGAGAAUGUCAUAUGCAAGAAUACAAUGAACGAUCAUCCUAAUAUAAUUACUAUGCCUGAUACUUCUCCAUCAGCUGACCACAAAGGCGUGGGAUAUGUAUACUACCACUCAAUGUUAAAGUACCAGCACAGAGUUGCCCAGAUCGACGCACUAACAAACAAGCAAGAAAAUUACUGCAGCUUACUGAACCGAUCCACCAGAGCAGCGAUCACCAUGCAAAAUAAGGGAAUCGGACCAGGUGACUUUGUCUCCAUAUGUUCCAGAAAUACCUUCGAUGCAUGUGUGCCCUGCAUUGCAGCUCUAUUUAUAGGUGCGAUAAUGGCACCUGUAGACCCUGCUUUUUCAGUAACCGAAACGGUGUACUUGCUAAAACAACUUUCUCCAAAAAUGAUUUUUGUGGCAGCGCAAAGUGUGCGCUUAAUUGAAGAAGUUGUAAAAGUACUAGAAACCGGAACAACUAUAGUAACAUUUGGUGAAACAGUAGCACACACGCCCUUUGACGAUUUCUUGCAACCCUAUUCCAACGAAAUGGAAUUUUCACCCAGACAACCGGAGAGUAUCCAUGAAAUGGCGCUACUACUUUUUACUAGUGGCACAACUGGCAGACCAAAGGGUAUUUGCCACAGUCAUUCAUCUAUACUAUCAAAUCCAAUGUUUCCAGAAACCCGCGAUUGCUUAACAAUAGCCACAUUUUGCUCAGUAUACUGGGUAAUAUACCACAGACUUCUACAUAAUUCCAUUGUAAACGGUUUCAAAAUGAUUAUAUUUGAAGACUUUGACUGUAAUGAUCCCUGGAAAGUUCUAGAGUUCCGCGUAGACUACGCACUAAUAAUCCCAUUUGAAGGCAUGUCGUUUGUAAAACACCCCAAACCUGAGCACGCGGAUGUUACGAAUCUAAAAGUGUUGGCACUAAGUGGUAACACAAUGUCAAAAGAACAGUUGUUACUGUUGAAAGCGCAACUACCCAAAACGUUUGUUGCAAAAAGUUACGGACAGAGCGAAGUUUUCACUCGAAUACUGGGCUUUCCACAAACUGCGAAAGGAUUUCACCUAGUCGAGAAGUAUCCGAAUUCUGUCGGAAUCCCUUCGGGCGGAUUUUCUUACAAGAUUGUUGACGUCGAAACUGAAGAGAUUUUGGCAGCAAAUAGUGUUGGUGAACUUAUGCUGAAAUCUAAAAAUCAAACAAACGGCUACUACAAAUGCGAUUCUUCGGAAAUGUUCGAUGCGGAUGGUUGGCUGAAAACCGGAGAUUUGGCCUACUAUAACGAGGAACAUUGUUUCUUUAUUACAGGCAGAAUUAAGGAGAGCUUCAAGUACAUUGAUUAUCACGUUAUACCGGUUGAAAUUGAAAAUGUGCUUGCUGGCCAUCCUGCUGUACAGAACGUCGUUGUGUUAGGCUUGCCUCACCAUACAGAUGAAAAUCACCCAAUUGCUGUAGUCGAAGUGUGUCAAAAGGUUACAACAGAUGAACUGGUGAAGUACGUUGAGGAAAGGGUUGAAGAUCGUAAACGAUUGAGGGGCGGUGUAAAAAUUGUUCAAAAGAUUCCCUUGACGGUCUCCGGAAAAUUCAGUCGUUACAAAUUAAGGGAAAUGUUAAUACACCAGAGAAUGCAAUCUAUGGAAUAGUAAAAGCAGUAUGACGCUAUACAGGGUGACAAUUUGAAAACUUACCCCCCCCCCCCCCCAGUAAAUAAACAAGAUAUUUAAAAAAAAUCCGUUUCGGUAUUUCGGAGGGGGAAUCACUCUGACAUAGUUGACGAUGCACCUCCUUCAACCCCCUCCGCCCCACCCACUCCAUCUUUUAAAUCUUCAAUAGUGACCCCUAUGUGUGAUACGUC